AUUGAGUGUUCUUCAAUUUUAAUAAUUAAUUACAAAGAGAAGAAAUGUAGUAAUCAUAUUUCCAAGUUUCACAUAAAUAUUAAUUCAAACACAUAUGAAUGAAGUAAACAUGAAUUGCAGUUUCAUCUUUCCGCUAUUGAAUUCUCGAAGAUUUGAAAUCACAUGAAUCACAUUCAAUUUAGUAACCUAAAAUAUAACGUAAAAAUGUAACGUUCAAGCAUAUUAGAGCAUCCAGCUAUUUCCGACAGUUACACAAUCAUAAGGAUACCGCUGAAUCAUGCUACAACACAAGAGAAAGCACAAGCAACGCAAGCAGGAGGCGAUCGAUCCGUUAAAACAAGAAGAAACAGCGCGGAAAGUCGCGGCGGUGGAAGCAAAGAGACAGAAAGUCAUAAACGACGUGGAACUUUCUUUAAAGCGAAGGCGAUUUGACAGAAUAGCGAUAGAAAACGCACGUUCCGAAACGGAAGCGAACAUUUGGCAGAAAGAGAUUAGGGAUGCCGGAAAAGUGCGUGGGGAAAAAGUGAUGUCGCAGAUCCGCCGAGAUCUCGGCGCUAUUAUCGAAGCGGGCAUAAAAUGCGUUCAACCGUCAGCGAUUCUACCCAAAAAGAUUAAAUACGACGGCCGUGCCACCCUAACAAUUAAGGAUGUCAAGUACAGGAUAAAUAACAACGUGCACAUCAUCGGCUGGGGCAAGGAGGCAGUCAUGACGAGCACGACGUUCGAAAGGAUGCUCGGCAAACAGGUGAAACGGGGAUUUAUGGUGGUCCCUCGCAGAUCGAUCUCCUUGAUGUGGAGCUACCCGGCAGCAUUUCCCAAAUUGGAUAGCCGUAUAACUUUCAUCGAGGCCGGCACGGAUGGACAGCCGGACGAGAAGACGGUCGAGAUUACGCGGAAAAUCGCGAAUUACUGCAAGCGGCUGAAAAAAUGUGAUCUGCUGAUUGUCAUGCUGUCGCGAGACGUGGACGAUCUCCUGUGCUGCCCGCGGGAUACAAUCACGCUGAAGAAUAAAUUGAGAGUUCUCAAUAGGUUAAAAGCUACUAAUGCGACUCCCGAGGAAAUCAAUAUCGUGAGGAAUAAACUCUCCGCGAUAAGAGGCGGUGAUCUGGCGCGUCAGGCUUAUCCAGCCAAAGUCGUCACCCUCGUCAUGUCCGACGUGUCAGCAGAACCGUCGGAACAAUUGGGAGGCGGUCCGUGCGUUUACGACCCAAAGAAUCGAAGGGCCCUGGCCAUUCUGGCCAAGUACGAACUCGUCGACAAAGUAUCGCAGAGCGUUCGCGAGCUGUUAGGGGAAUUCAACCCCCGGAUCAGCGCGGCGGAUGGCCGAUUGGACGAGCGGAAGAGGUACAAAUUCGUGCAGCAAUGCGUGCUCGCGUGCAACGACGACGCUCUGGAGGGCAUGGCGACACAGGUCCUCAAACUGGGACUGUCCCCUAUAAGACUAAACCCCACCGGUGCCGGUACCGUCGAUGAGUUCGCGCAGGAGUACGCAAAGAUCGCGUCGCUGAUGAUCCUGGCGGCCGAGGGCAAGAUCACCAAGCUGGAGAUGUACGAGCAGAUGAAGGAGAGUCCGGUGUGCCCGUUGACUGACCGGCAGGUGUGGGAGAUGUUCCCCACGGGGGACAAGUGGGGCCUGGGGUUGUGCCUCGUGCUGGGCGGUCGACCGACCGUUCGUCUCGGCGUGCGUCCCGGCAAGGGUGGGCCCAAUCAAGAGCUGGCGCUUCGCUUCGCCUUAUAUUGGUACACGCGUACCCGGCAAUAUCCAAUUUUGCGAGGGUACACCGUCUGGUUCGCCGGCGGUAGCUCUCGCGGAAAGGACGGUAAUACUGGCGCAGCUGGCGCAUUCGGAUACAGGAGCCUUGCCACCGAUGUUCACCCGGAAUACGAAAAAGCGUGCAACGUGCACCGAGCGGCUCUCCUAGAGUGGCGGCGCCUCAUCGAGGGUAAACACGGCGAAUCAGAGAUCGCGGAAGCUGGCCGAGCGGUGAGAGACACGGAGGAAAUGAGGGAGAGAUACGCGACCGUUUUGCCGGAGCGGAUUUUGCAAGAGAACAACGCCAAUCUGUUCUUCUCGUGUGUCAACAAGGGCGACGAGCUGCUGCAGUUAAAGGGUGCGGAUUAUUACGCGUUGGCGGACAUCGGGGAUCUGCAUGUUAUACGAAUCGCACGCUACCAGUGCAACUGCAGCGGCGCCUGUCACGUGGACGAAGAUGGGAUACGCGCCGAUAGAGACUGA